AUGAUUUCCGACAUUGGACUCGGAACGCAAGGACCUGUGCAACGAGGAUGGGGUCUAUGGCUCACCAGUGUGCUCGCCGUGGCAAUAGCGGCGCUCUUUGUUGGCGCCAGGUUUGUCCAGAGGCGUGUCAAGAGAAGUGGUCUCGGAGUGGAUGAUUAUGCGAUUCUGGUUGCCUUAAUCUUUUCAGGCAUACUAUCAAUGACAGAAUGUCAAGCCGUAGUCUAUGGUUAUGGCAGACACUGGAAAACACUUCCAUCGGAAUCUCGGAUUACAGCUCGCCAGUGGUUCUAUGCCGCAAAUAUUGUGUACAAAAUGGUCCUCAUGUUCAACAAAAUUUCCGUAGUCUGCCUCUAUUACCGCAUCUUCGCUGUAUCUCACAACUCGUUCCGCAUCGCUUGCCACAUCAUGAACGCUUGGAUCAUCGCCUCCGGCACAGCUUUCGUCAUUGCUACGGUAUUCCAAUGUACGCCAAUCGCAGCGUUCUGGGACAGGGGCAUCGAAGGUUAUAAAUGCUUCAAGAAUGAGCCAUGGUGGAUCUCGUAUGCGACGACGCAGAUAGUUACGGACAUCCUGCUGCUUGCGAUGCCGGUCCGACAAAUACUCACACUGUCUCUGCGUCCAGCUGAGAAGUUGGGUAUAUGUCUAGUCUUUGGUAGUGGUGCAUUCGUCACUUUUGCUUCGAUAUACCGCGCAACAACUAUUGCAGCCUCUGCCAGUGACCCCGAUCCUACCUGGGGGCCGAUCCCUGCCACAAUUUGGUCUGUCAUCGAGGCGAACGCAGGCAUCAUCUGUGCCUGCCUUCCCAUGUUUCGUGGACCUUUCGUCCACCUGUUUGGAUUCAUUUUCGGCUUGCGCGAGAGAACCCCAAAGCCUCGUACGUACCCGCUUACGUGGAGCGGUCGACCACAAGCAUCAGCGGUAGUAACAAGUAGCAAAAGAGACGUUGGUGAUUCUCCCACAGACAGCGAUGGAGACAGCGAAGAGGAAAUUGUCAUGCAUCAAAACAAAGUUCGAGUGCGUGAUGGGAAGGGCAUACAUCGAAGUCCAAGUGGGAUAUUUGUCAAAAACGAGUUCGUCAUGACUGACGAGCUGGCUAAAAGACGGAGCGCAGCAACAUCUGAAGGCCAGGGAGAUACCAACAUGCGUGGGAAGAGCCCUUUCUUCCACAUUUGA